AUGCCGUUCGUGAUAUAUACUGUGCUUUUGAUAACGGCGUUUACAAGCUACGCAUUGCAACUAGCUGCUCUCAUUUUGCCCCAAUGGCUGGUGACACCAUUGGAUGCGGCAUCUUCUGGAUCCUAUGCAGAAACUCAAUACGGGCUUUUCAUGGUGUGUCAAAGUGCAACAGGCGAGUGUCGAGCAUUUCCUCGUGAGGAAAACGGUGAUUGCACGCAAGAAUAUUUUUGCCCUCUUUGGCAUGUUGCCGGGACUACCAUGAUAUUGGCCAGUGUCAUAGGUGCAUUGACUUUGGUUGCGUUGCUGGGAACCAUGUGUAGCCAACGACGGAAACGAGAUCGAGGAUGGAAAAUGGUAACAAGCAUGUUAGUGCUGCAUACUGUGCCCAGUGCAACCACCAUGGUGAUCCUGCUUGAUCUACUUUAUAACAGUACCACCACAACCAUCUCGAUCUUCAUGGCUACACCAACCAACAUGCGACAUGGUAUCUCGAUGAUCUUUGCAUUCGUGUCAUUGUGUAUCAAUCUCUUGAUGGCGCUGGCGAUUCUUUCCUUUCGUAAUACUCAACAACAGCAACUACAGCAGUACGAUCAUCAUCAAAAUCAUUGA